UUUAUCUCCUUUAACUUGGUAUCAGUUGCCAGUUCAUAUUCCUCUUGCUCUCUCCUUCAAUGUCUUCUUCCAAAAACUCUUUUCACCCGGCUUUAGCUAUAUCAAACAUCAAGAAUUUCAUUCCUUUAUCUCUUGAUCUUGAUAAUGGCGAUUAUGCUUCUUGGGCGGAAUUAUUCAAAAUUACCGCCCGGGCAUAUGAAGUCCUUGAUCAUAUAAUUCCCUCUACCACCACAACGGAUUCCUCUUCCGCCGCAACGGAUUCAUCUCUCACUGAUGCACAACGCGCUAUACUUGAUGCCGCCAAAGCCGAGGCGGCUGCCUUAUGGUCUCGUCUCGAUGCCGUUGUCCUUCAAUGGAUUUACGGCACUAUCUCUCACGACCUCCUUCAUACCAUUAUUGAGGUUGAUUCCACGGCUCAUGAUGCAUGGGAAAGUCUUGCCGAUCUUUUCCAUGACAACAAGCAUGCUCGGGCUCUAUAUUUGGAGAAUGAGUUCUCAAAUACCCGGCUAGAUCAGUUCCCUAACGUCUCUGCAUAUUGCCGGGGUCUCAAAGACCUCUCUACCAAACUUAAAAAUGUGGGAGUUACGGUCGGCAAUGAUCGGCUUGUUUUGCGUAUGGUCAAUGGCCUCUCUUCCGUUCCGGAUUACAACAUGGUGGCCUCUCUCAUUCAACAACGGGAACCUCUUCCCGUUUUCUCUAAAGCCAGGUCCAUGGUUGUCCUUGAAGAAUCACGUCGGAAUCAGUCCUCCGGAUCCCCUGCCACCGCGUUAUUUCACUCCACCGGUGAUAUCACACCGCGUUAUUUAUCUCCUUUAACUUAUACUUCUACUUUUAUCUCUUCAUAUUAAUGUCAUAUCUAUAAUGAAAAUCAGUUAUUUGAACGUUACAAGCUUUGUGAACAUGUGUGAUUCUUAAUUAACAUUCAUUAAAUGAACAUUUUCUUUUGAGCUUCUAGCAAAACGGUUUUUGAGCUAUGGCCUUCAUUAUUAUCAUUAAUAGUAUUUAAUAGUAUAUUUUAAUAGCCCAUUAACGUUUAAUUUUUGAGUGGGUGUAUGUGCGGUAGAGAAAAAUAAUACGAAGUAGUUUUUUAGAUUGAAGAUCACUCUUAUAAUAUACUUAUGUGUGCAUGCUAUCGGCAACCGAAGAAAGCAGCGAGACCAAUUCGUACAAAGCUAUGUGUACAAAUCGGUUAUACAAAACUUAUAUUUUUAUUGCUGGGUUCAUAUAAUAAUUUUCUUCUCGUUAGUUCUGGUGCCGGUUUUAUAACCGAAGAACUCGUUAUAUCUUGGGGGAAAUUUCCAUACGUCGGAAAUAAUUCCUUAGGACAGCGUCUGACGCGUCUCGAACUUCUGAUAUAUUUUAGUUCCUUUUUAGUGGUUAUUCUGCAGGUCAAUUCUCGGAGCUAGAUGGUCAAUGAGGUCAACCUAGGAGCAACACGAUCAACACGUUGAUUUUGGAGGGAUAAAUUAAGCCAACAAUAGUGUCUCAUGGUCAACGAGGUCAACCUAGGAGCAACACAAUCAACACAUUGAUUUUGGAGGGAUAAAGCCAACAAUCUAAGGAAUUAGCGGCAAAUAAAGAUUACACCUACGGAUUGUCUACGUGUCCGAAACUCUCAUAGAGACAAACGCUUUGUGAAGCUCGGUAAUGUUUCAUAUUCUCAUGAAUGGUUAUUCUGUAGGUCAAUUCUCGGAGCUAGAUGGUCAAUGAGGUCAACCUAAGAGCAACACGAUCAACAAGUUGAUUUUGGAGGGAUAAAGCCAACAAUAGUGUCUCAUGGUCAACGAGGUCAACCUAGGGCAACACGAUCAACACGUUGAUUUUGGAGGGAUAAAGCCAACACUAAGUGGGGUACUAAAUAAUGGCGUCUGACGUUGAAAAAACUUACUCAUGGGAGCCGUUGCAGAAACUGUCGCCGUGAGGACAAUUAACGGGUGUCAUCUCUGAGGCAAUACUGAAAAGAGCCCUUUUUGGGGUUGAAAACCCAGCAAAAAGUGCUGAGUUUUGCUAUCAAGAGGCUUAUAUCAUUUGUCAAACAGGAGGCAUUUGUGCCAGAUGAGCCUAUAAGUCAAGAGACUGCCUCAGGUGACCAGAGUGGCACGAUAGAAGAAGAAAAGAAAAAAAUCAUCAGCAAAAAUUAAAAGGGCCCAUUCACAUUGACAAUGAUUGGGGAUGAUACGAUUUUACUUCGCAGCCACAAGGAGUUGCCCAUGCCAGAUGACUCUCGGAAAAGAGGUUGCCCUGGGUGGCAAGAGUGGCGCGCCCAAUGAAGAUAAGAGGAAACCAUCAUCAUAAAAGGAACCCCCGGCCCACAGACUCCUACUAAUCUAUCACAAGCCCAACAAGCCUAAGGAGCUCAGGAGGCCCAAGAUUCGGCGGCCCAAGCGUCAAGAAGCCCACAGUACACACAGGGAUGCCUUCGGCCUCCUUGGCCGAAGGCUCCAAA